AUGUGUCAUCCGAAUAUUCCGUGGACAGAUAUUUUACCAUCGGUAUUAUUGGGUCUACGCACUGUGUUCAAAGAAGAUUUAAAAGCAUCUCCAGCAGAAAUGCUUUUCGGCACACCGCUCAGAAUUCCAGGUGAAUUUUUUAUAAAUCAAGAUUUAGCCGCAGAUCCAGAAAAAUUUAUUGAAAAAUAUCGGCAAUAUAUAAGGACAAUCCGUCCAACUCCAACAGCUCACCACGCAAAAAAUAAAUUAUUUCUUUUAAAAAAUAUUUACGAUUGCUCCCACGUUUUUCUACGAGUGGACGAAGUAAAGCCACCAUUAACUCCACCAUACUCAGGUCCUCACUUAGUUAAAAAAAGAAUUGAUGACAGAAACUUCGUUAUUCUGGUUGACGGGCAAGAAAAAACAAUAUCGGUCGAUAGACUUAAACCAGCCUUUAUAGCAAAAACAGAUAGUCUGAAUGAUCAACCAGUGACCGAAGAAGACAUUCUUCAACCAUACAAACAAGGUGGCAUGGAUAAACCCCCAAAUACAUACUCGAUGAAGAAGGUACUUUUUUCAAGCCAUGGAAAAAUAUCUCCUGCGGGGGGGAGUGAUUGUGGCAGCACAAAAAGCGUGCCAAGCGCCAAAUGCGGUGAAAACUACAAAAAGUAG